GCCAGCGGGAUCGUGGCUCCUUUAGCAUCUUGAGCUAAAAAAGGCUGCUUGGGGGGGGAGCGGGGGGACGCACUGUGGAGGAGGGCGUCCUGCGUAAAGAUAACAAGCUAACCUCAAAUAACCCCCGCUAAUCCCGGAGCUAACCGUUAUCUCUCCAUGGUGUCCAAGAAAGGCAGAUAGCGUUUAUAACCCCGCGCUGCCAACAUAAUUAGCCGCCUUGCACGACACAGAUUGGGGUGCAACUGGAGAGCCUCCCUUUGUGGGGGCAUUAUUAUUAUUAUUAUCAUCACUGUUGUGAUUUUUUUUUUUUUUUUUUUAGACUAAAGUUGACCAUUAUUUGUUGUCAAGAUGAGGUUGCCAACUCACAGGCAAUGUGCGAUGAAGGGAGAUGGCAAGAAGAUGGACCAAGCGCCGCCGUUCAGAAACCCUUUUGUACACGUUAUGAAAUUCUCCCCAAUGGAAAAGGCAAAGAUAGCAGUAAUGACAGUCACAUUAUUCCCCAUCCGUCUACUCAUAGCAGCAUUUAUGAUGCUGCUGGCUUGGCCCUUUGCCUUUCUGGCCACAGUGGGACGCUCAGAAACAAGCAUUGAACCCCAGUGCCUCUGGAGGAGAUUGGUUGAUAUUAGUCUGAAGAUCAUCAUGCGGGUCAUGUGGUUUGCGGGUGGUUUCCAUUGGAUGACUGUAAAGGGGCGAAGAGCAUUACCUGCCGAAGCACCUAUUAUCACCCUGGCACCCCACUCUUCUUACUUUGACGCCAUCCCUGUCACCAUGACAAUGGCUUCCAUUGUCAUGAAAGCCGAGAGCAAGGAUAUACCCCUGUGGGGCACUUUAAUAAAGUACAUCAGGCCAGUGUUUGUUUCACGGUCGGACCAGGAUUCAAGAAAGAAGACUGUGGAAGAGAUUAAGCGCAGAGCCCACUCUGGAGGAGAAUGGCCUCAGAUAAUGAUUUUUCCAGAGGGAACAUGCACUAAUAGAUCCUGCCUAAUCACUUUUAAGCCAGGGGCAUUCAUCCCCGCUGUACCUGUGCAGCCUGUUGUGAUGCGGUACCCAAAUAAACUGGACACAAUCACAUGGACUUGGCAAGGGCCUGGAGCGUUUGAGAUCUUGUGGCUGACACUCUGCCAGCUACACAAUGAGUUUGAAAUAGAGUUUCUUCCAAUUUAUACACCCUCUGAGGAUGAGAAAAUAAAUCCUGCUCUCUUUGCCAUCAAUGUGAGGCGUGUCAUGGCUGAAGCCUUAGGAGUCCCCAUUACAGAUUAUUCAUUUGAGGACUGCCAGCUUGCCAUGGCAGACGGCCACCUGAGACUACCAGUUGACACCUGCCUGUUGGAGUUUGCUAAACUUGUUAGGAGAUUGGGGCUGAAACCCCAAAAGACUGAAAAGGUUCUGCAGGAGUAUGGGAACCGUUCCAGGAAGCUGGAAGAACAGAAGCUCUGCUUGGAUGACUUGGCUCAGUUCUUGGAUGUGCCUGUUUCAGACAUGCUACGAGAUAUGUUUGCCCUUUUUGAUGAGCAUGAAGAAAACAGCAUGGAUGUCAGAGAAUACGUGAUAGCCUUAUCUGUUGUAUGCAGACCUGCUAAAACUCUGGAAACAAUGAAAUUGGCUUUUAAGAUGUUUGAGGCAGACGAGGAUGGCGCUAUCACAGAGACAGAGUUGGCAGUUAUUCUGCAGACCGCUUUGGGAGUGAGUCACCUCAAUGUAACACGACUGUUUGCUGCCAUUGACAGUGAAGACACGGGGAAGAUCACAUUUGAGAAUUUCAGGAGCUUUGUGGAGAAACACAUUGACUUUGCAGAGGAGUACCUGUACACAGAAAAUCCUGGUCUCAACAGUGGGAAAAUCCAACAACAAACAAAGCCAAAACUUUUAAUCCACAAUGUGCGUGCCACUGCCGCCAAAAUUACAAAUGGAAUAUGCCCCGACUUCAGCCCCAAAGACCAUGACCACUCAAUACAUGGACUCUUAAAGAAACACAAGUAAAUAGUAGUGUUCGUAGGAGAAAACACAAACGUCUCUCCGGGAGAGAAGAUGUUUUUGUGUGACGCAUAUUUGGUAGUAGUUGCAUUUUUAAACUGUAAGGGACUAUAUUUCAGUACAUACAAAUCAGAUGUUUACCUUACCCCUUUGCUAGUAUUAUGUCCAGACACAUUUCUUGGUUUGGGUUUUGCAUGAUGAUCGCAGUUUUCUAUUACUUUAAUUACUUUUGGUUUUUGUAGCAAGGGUUGUCAGAAGGCCAAGUUGGCUGUUUGGGAUACAAUACAUACAUACUUGAAUUAUUAUAGUCUGGGUUUAGUUUUUUUUGGUAUUUUUUUUCACGCCGCUAUUCUGUAUAGGCUCUGCAUGUUUAUAUAGCAAGUGGAAAUCAUGCCUCGACAAUGAAAGGAACAAAAUUGUGGGAAAUCUUGUUUGUAAUUUUGUUUUACCUUUUUGCAGUUUUUUUUUUAAAGGUAGCUGCCUUUUAAUUUAGCGAGUGCGGUGUGUUUGGACAGGUUUUAUUUUAGGCAGUAUUAAGGAAUAUUUAUGUAACGAAGGACCACCCGAGUUGACCAGUGACAAUUGCUGGAUCACUUGAAGCAAGUUUACUGCAUCAAGCCCACAUUUGAGGUGAACCCGGGACACAGAGUUGAAUGACAUUUUUGCUAUGAGCCUGUUCUUUACAUAUAUUUAUACUAUAUUUUUGAUUUAGCUCAGGGUUCAACAAAACAAAAAUGACAGACUUGUAUGAUGUCAUCAUUCUUGACUGGUUCUGUGCAUGUCUUAAGUUUUUUUUUUUUUUUUUUUUUUCCACUGUAAGACGUGAAUACUGUUCUACCCAGUCAUUCUUACACUCAUUCAAGUGUCUCUUAUGCUGUGACGACACAACGUGGACCAAAAAUAUGUUUGGUGAUUAGAUGUCACCUACUAUGCCUGUACUGUCCCUUCAGUCAGUGGUGUAAUGGCUUUAAAGGAAAACAAUGGUUUGGCUGGCUAAGAUACAUUUUGCAAAAGACAUGUCAUACCUAAUUCCCUUUCUGCCUUACAUUGCCGUAUAUUUGUCAUCAUUCCUAUUCAGUUCACAGCAUAUAUAAUCGCCCAAAAAUUUUUUAUCUAAGGGUCCUAUUUUUUUUAAUUAACUCAGUACACUUACAUGCAACAUAAAAUGCAAACAAAUGUUUUGAUCCAGUUUGAAACUACUACACAAUUUCUGCCCCCCAAAAAUAGUUUUCUUUCUUUCUCAAUUGUUGUCAUGUUGAUUAAAAUAGUAAAAGGGAAAUUGGCACCUAUCUUAAGCAGAUUAACCUUAAAUGGGUUGUUUCUCAAAGAAAUGUAUAUGUAUCUUGUUAGUUAGUUACACUGUUUGAUUUAUGCCAUUCUUGCAUGUAUUGCUGUUCUGGCUUUCAGUGAAGCAAUAGUAAACUUUUCUUAAGCCUUCUCAAAUAUUGUACUUUUGAAGAGUUCUAAUAUGUAUUUUGAAUAUUCCAAAUGCAGGACAUUUUGUGAAUUUUUGAUAUAUGUAUAUGAAUUAUUUUUUAUUAUUUUUAUUUUCACUGCCAUUACAGAAAUCUGUGAUCUCUGCAAAGUGUCGGUGGGGGGAAAUGAGCCACAUUCCGUUUCUUUUCUUUGUAUAAUACUGAAGUGCUGUAUUUCUCCACCGCAGUAUAAAGUUCUAUCGUUAAAAUAUUCCCAUUUCUGCUAAUAGUUGACCGCUCCAAAACUAAAUGCAGAUUUUGUAGGGAAACCGAUAGCCUUGAAUCUAUAUAGAUUCUAUGCUUACAAUAAGAGAAUGUAUAGACAAUCUUGUCACAAUCAAGCUACUUAAAGCAAAAUGAAGAUUUAUUUGUAAAAUGUACACUUAUUAGACCCUUUCUUUAAGGUUUUUUGUUUUGUUUAUGAGUGUACAUGUUGAGCUAAGCGUACUGCGAGUACAAACGUGUCAGGCCUUGAGGUGACCUGAGCAUCGAAUGACGGGCCACAUUGCUUAAAGCUCCAGAUUGUACACACAUUUAAAACAAAUAAUUAAUGAAUCAGCUAAGUAUUCAUUUUCGUUGAGCCUUUGCUCUCUCAAGUUUGUAUUUGUCCUUGCACUUUAGUCUUCUUUAUUCUAUAAAGAAAGGUCAUAUGAAGCAUGUUAAGUUAGUUUGCCUUUUUGUUAGGAAUAGUUAUAUCUAUUAUAUGCUACACUAAUAGGAUUAGGCAAUUAGAAAAAAUUGCAUCUCACGUUUAUUCAGAGUUUUAUUCAAUUGUAUGCCUAAAGUUCACUUUUUAGACCGACUUAUGCUUUGUCUUGGACUGUUGAACAUUUACAGCAUGGAAAUGAAUGACUUUGCAAACUUGGCAACUUGUAAUUGAUUUAAAUGAGUAGAAAAAAGCUUGGCCCGCAGAGUGGGAAAUGUAUUCAAAUGUUUAAAUGGAUAUUUUCCAUGUUGAUGUAAAAUGACACCAUUCAGAUUUUGUAAAUCUGGACAGAAAACCGACUGUGAAGUACUACUCAAACAAGGGUUUUACCUUAAAUGAAAUAUUUUGAAUCACAUUAAAUCCUCCCUGUGCUUUAUUUUCUUUGUGUACUUCAAACGUUUAAAUGCUCAAGUGAAACAUAUAGCUUAUGUCUGUAUUACACCUGCAAAUUGUCCUUAUAGGGGAGAAAACUUUUAUUUUUUUCUUACUAUAAUUUGGAAACUUGUAUAUAUGUUGCCUGCUAAAAACUGUUUGUCCAACAUUGAGCCUAAGAAGAAAAAUGUUGUGUACUCUUUACAGAGCGAAUGUCUUUCUGAUGGCUCACUGCUUUCGGACUAAAACUGUUUCUUUUGUAUCUUUUCUUCACCUGUUUUCGUUUAGCAAUUCAUUUUAAAGAAGAGUCAUUAUGGCAAGCUACUUUAAAUGUGUCUAUUAAGGACUGCAAUGAUGUAACUUGUAAAUGUGACUCUUGGAUUUAAUUAAAAAACACAAGCAAACA